AUGAUCGAGUAUGUCAUCGGUGUCGGGCCCUCCGAUGGUGCCGAGUGUAAGGGCUGGGCAGCGACGGAGUGCAUCGAGCGUGGUGAUGGUGUCUUCAGCAAGGGCACUACUGUAGAGUACGACUCGACGAGGAGCAAGGCCACCCUGGCGAGCAUGGCGUGGAACAAGGACCGCGGUGUCACAUUGCCUCCAGUAUGGAUCACGAUCCACAAGCUUUCGUGA